UUCGGAGCCCUGGCGGUGGCGGUGGUGGUGGCGGUGGCGGCAGCGGCGGUGGCGAUAGCCUCACCUCCUGCGCCCCGUGCCGCCGGCUCCAGCGCUGUCUCCUGGGCCCCCUAGGGCCCCCGGGCCCCCGAGCCCGGUGCGCGCCCUCGCGUCCCGCCGGCCCCCUCCCCCGGCUGGGCCCGGGGGAGGGUGGCGCCGUGAGCGAGCGGGGACUGGGCUCUCUUGCCCAUUCCCCUGUCCCUGGGCCGCCAGGAUGGAGGCGGGGUCCGGGCCCCCCGGUGGCCCGGGAUCUGAGAGCCCUAACCGGGCGGUGGAGUACCUGCUGGAGCUGAACAACAUCAUUGAGAGUCAGCAGCAGCUGUUGGAGACCCAGCGGCGGCGCAUCGAAGAGCUGGAGGGCCAAUUGGACCAGCUCACCCAGGAGAACCGCGACCUGCGGGAGGAAAGCCAGCUGCACCGCGGGGAACUGCACAGGGACCCCCUCGGCGCGCGGGAUAGCCCUGGUCGCGAGAGCCAGUACCAGAACCUGCGUGAGACCCAGUUCCACCACCGCGAGCUGCGGGAGAGCCAGUUCCACCAGGCGUCCCGGGACGUGGGCUACCCGAACCGGGAUGGCGCCUACCAGAACCGGGAAGCUAUCUAUCGGGACAAGGAGCGAGAAGCCUCCUAUCAGCUCCAGGACACUACCGGCUACAUAGCCCGCGAGCGCGACGUGGCCCAGUGCCACCUGCACCAUGAGAACCCAGCCCUGAGUCGAGAGCGUGGCGGGAGGGAGGCUGGGCCAGCGCACCCGGGCAGAGAGAAGGAAGCUGGCUAUUCCGCUGCGGUGGGCGUGGGGCAGCGGCCACCGCGGGAGCGGGGCCAGUUGAGCCGUGGCGCAUCCAGAAGCUCCAGCCCUGGCGCGGGCGGAGGUCACAGUACCAGUACCAGCACCAGUCCGGCUACAACCCUCCAGAGAAAAUCUGAUGGUGAGAAUUCCAGAACAGUCAGUGUGGAGGGUGAUGCCCCAGGCAGUGACCUGAGCACAGCGGUUGAUAGUCCUGGGAGCCAACCCCCCUACCGGCUGAGCCAGCUGCCCCCCACCAGCAGCCACAUGGGUGGCCCCCCUGCUGGGGUGGGCCUUCCGUGGGCUCAGAGGGCACGCCUCCAGCCAGCCAGUGUCGCCUUGAGGAAGCAGGAGGAGGAGGAGAUAAAGCGCUCCAAGGCCCUGUCAGACAGCUAUGAACUCUCCACAGACCUGCAGGACAAGAAGGUGGAAAUGCUGGAGAGGAAGUAUGGGGGCUCCUUCCUGAGCCGCAGGGCUGCCAGGACCAUCCAGACAGCCUUUCGCCAGUACCGUAUGAAUAAGAACUUUGAGCGGCUGCGCAGCUCAGCUUCAGAGAGCCGCAUGUCCCGCCGCAUCAUCUUGUCCAACAUGAGGAUGCAGUUCUCUUUUGAAGAGUACGAGAAAGCACAGAACCCUGCAUACUUCGAGGGCAAGCCUGCCUCGCUGGAUGAGGGUGCCAUGGCUGGUGCCCGGAGCCACCGGCUUGAACGGGGCCUCCCCUAUGGAGGCUCCUGUGGUGGGGGCAUCGAUGGUGGUGGAAGUUCAGUUACCACAUCUGGAGAGUUUUCUAAUGACAUCACAGAGCUCGAGGACUCCUUCUCCAAACAGGUAAAGUCUCUAGCUGAAUCCAUUGAUGAGGCCCUGAACUGCCACCCAUCAGGCCCUAUGUCUGAGGAGCCAGGGUCAGCACAACUGGAGAAGCGGGAAUCAAAGGAACAGCAAGAGGACAGUUCAGCCACAUCUUUCAGUGACCUUCCCCUCUACUUGGAUGACCCAGUUCCUCCUCCAUCACCUGAGCGACUGCCCAGCACAGAGCCCCCACCCCAAGGCCGCCCUGAGUUCUGGGCACCAGCUCCCCUCCCACCAGCUCCUCCACCAAUGCCACCAGGGACCCGGGAAGAUGGUAGCCGUGAGGAAGGCACUCGAAGGGGUCCUGGGUGCUUGGAGUGCCGGGAUUUCAGGCUCCGGGCAGCACACCUUCCCCUCCUUACCAUUGAGCCUCCCAGUGACAGUUCUGUAGACCUGAGUGACCGCUCAGAUCGCGGCUCUGUUCACCGCCAGCUGGUGUAUGAGGCUGAUGGCUGCAGCCCCCAUGGGACCCUGAAGCACAAGGGGCCACCAGGCAGGGCCCCAAUCCCACACCGACACUACCCUGCCCCUGAGGGUCCAGCUCCAGCCCCACCAGGGCCCCUGCCACCAGCCCCCAAUAGUGGCACUGGGCCCAGUGGUGUGGCUGGAGGUCGGAGGUUGGGAAAGUGUGAGGCAGCAGGUGAGAACUCUGAUGGUGGAGACAAUGAAAGCUUGGAGAGCUCCAGCAACUCCAAUGAGACCAUCAACUGCAGCUCUGGCUCCUCAUCUCGGGAUAGCCUAAGGGAACCUCCAGCCACUGGCCUGUGCAAGCAGACUUACCAGCGGGAGACAAGGCACAGCUGGGAUUCACCAGCCUUCAACAAUGAUGUGGUACAGAGGCGGCAUUACAGAAUUGGCCUCAACCUUUUCAAUAAGAAGCCAGAGAAGGGUAUCCAGUAUUUGAUUGAGCGAGGCUUCCUGUCAGACACUCCUGUGGGGGUGGCUCACUUCAUCCUGGAGCGGAAAGGCCUGAGCCGGCAGAUGAUUGGGGAAUUCCUGGGGAACCGGCAGAAGCAGUUCAACAGAGAUGUGUUGGACUGUGUGGUUGAUGAGAUGGACUUCUCCUCGAUGGAUUUGGACGAUGCACUCAGGAAGUUCCAAUCCCAUAUCCGAGUUCAGGGUGAGGCCCAGAAAGUGGAGCGACUCAUUGAAGCUUUCAGCCAGCGGUACUGUGUUUGUAACCCUGCCCUCGUACGCCAGUUCCGGAACCCAGAUACCAUCUUCAUUCUUGCUUUUGCUAUCAUCCUCCUCAAUACGGACAUGUACAGCCCCAGUGUCAAGGCUGAACGCAAGAUGAAACUGGAUGACUUCAUUAAGAACCUCAGAGGGGUUGACAAUGGUGAAGACAUCCCCCGAGACCUCCUGGUAGGCAUCUACCAGCGCAUCCAGGGUCGUGAACUGCGUACCAAUGAUGACCAUGUGUCCCAGGUGCAGGCUGUGGAGCGCAUGAUUGUUGGCAAGAAACCGGUCCUGUCUCUUCCUCACCGUCGACUGGUUUGCUGCUGCCAGCUCUAUGAGGUGCCAGAUCCAAACCGCCCACAGAGGCUGGGGCUGCAUCAGAGGGAGGUCUUCCUCUUCAAUGACCUCCUUGUGGUCACCAAAAUUUUCCAGAAGAAGAAGAUCUUGGUGACAUACAGCUUCCGUCAGUCCUUUCCCCUGGUGGAAAUGCACAUGCAGCUCUUCCAGAAUUCAUAUUAUCAGUUUGGGAUCAAGUUACUGUCUGCUGUACCUGGAGGGGAACGAAAAGUCCUCAUCAUCUUCAAUGCUCCUAGCCUCCAAGACAGGCUGCGCUUUACCUCUGACCUGCGGGAGUCCAUUGCUGAGGUGCAGGAGAUGGAGAAGUACCGUGUGGAAUCGGAGCUGGAGAAGCAGAAAGGUAUGAUGCGGCCUAAUGCCUCACAGCCUGGAGGAGUCAAGGACUCAGUCAAUGGGACUCUGGCCCGCAGUAGUCUGGAGGACACUUAUGGGGCAGGCGAUGGGCUCAAGCGGGGUGCACUCAGUAGUUCCCUGCGAGACCUCUCUGAUGCAGGGAAGCGGGGGCGGCGUAACAGCGUGGGAUCGCUGGACAGCACCAUCGAAGGGUCUGUUAUUAGCAGUCCACGCCCUCACCAGAGGAUGCCACCUCCGCCCCCACCCCCGCCGCCAGAGGAGUACAAGAGCCAGAGGCCAGUCUCCAACUCCUCAUCUUUCCUGGGCUCCCUAUUUGGAAGCAAGAGAGGCAAAGGGCCCUUCCAGAUGCCACCACCGCCAACAGGCCAGGCUUCUGCCUCGUCUUCAUCUGCUUCCUCCACCCACCACCACCAUCACCACCACCACCAUGGUCACAGCCAUGGUGGCCUGGGGGUGCUACCUGAUGGGCAGUCUAAGCUCCAGGCCCUGCAUGCCCAGUACUGCCAAGGACCGGGCCCUGCCCCACCACCCUACCUCCCACCCCAGCAACCCCCUCUGCCUCCACCCCCUCAGCAGCCUCCACCCCUGCCCCAGCUCAGCUCCAUUCCACCACCACCUGCCUCAGCCCCACCUGUGGGGCCACAUCGACACUUCCACACCCAUGGCCCAGUUCCAGGACCCCAGCAUUAUACUUUGGGCCGGCCAGGCAGAGCCCCAAGACGAGGGGCUGGAGGACACCCACAGUUUGCUCCACAUGGCCGGCAUCCCUUGCACCAGCCCACAUCCCCAUUACCACUGUACAGUCCUGCUCCACAGCACCCUCCUGCCCAUAAACAGGGCCCCAAGCACUUCAUCUUCAGUCACCACCCACAGAUGAUGCCAGCAUCGGGUGCAGCUGGGGUCCCUGGGUCCCGACCACCAGGGGGAUCCUAUUCCCACCCUCACCACCCCCAAUCACCACUGUCACCACACUCACCCAUCCCACCUCACCCCUCGUACCCUCCCCUGCCUCCACCCUCUCCUCAUACCCCACAUUCACCCCUACCACCCACCUCCCCCCAUGGCCCACUGCACGCCUCUGGGCCCCCUGGCACGGCUAAUCAACCCAGUGCAAACCCCAAGGCCAAGCCAAGCCGGAUCAGCACUGUGGUCUGAGGAAUGGAAUACGUGUACUGAGGAACAGGACAGUCUGGGGAAAUCUACAAGAGAGGGACCUUGCUCCUCUCUUCUUCCUCAGUUUUUUUUUUCAAAUUAUAUAUACACUCAGCAGUGUCCUUCUUUCCAUUUCUUUCAUCUCUCCAGACCCUUCUUCCAGCCCCCUAGCAGUUGCCAUGGGGUUUCCUUUCAAAUUGGAGGGCCCUUGCCCCUUGCAGCCUGAACUUAGGGCACUGCAGUGCUGGGAAGUGGUAAGGGCCUCUCAGCAGUUCUUGUCCUCCUUUUCCUGUCUUCCUCUUCUCUUUUCUUGUCCCUGGAGGUCUAGUUGGUGGCCUCAGACCUCUGGGCAAAUGUGAGCUUCCUUGCAAGCUGGUGGAGAAGGCAGGCUUCUAGAGCUGUAGAGGUGAAGGCUUUCCCCAGAGCUCCUCUGGCUGUGUGGGGCUAAGAGAGAGCUCUGUAGAGCUGUGGCCAAACCUCAGCUGGCUCAGCCCUCUCUCUGACCUCAGGACCUAGCCGCACACCUCCAUGUGUCUUUCUGCCUGCUGGAGGACACAUGAGACCGUCAGUGCACUCCGUGGGUGGAACCUUGCUUGUGCUGGCCCCUACAGAGGGCAGUGCUUCCUCUCUUGAGCCAGUCUGUGCCCUCUCUCCUAAUAGGACCCCAGCCCAGACCUCUUUGGCUUCAGGAACUUGCCUUGCCCUGCAAUGUUCUUAUCCUGAUUAAAGUCCAGAAAGGUUUUUGUUUUGGAGGUGGGAGUGGGGUGGGGAAGGAGGCUCAGGUCUGGGAUGAGAAGGGUACUGCCCUCCCUCACCCACAUUGCAUGCCCCCCAUUCCUUCUAUUUUUCCCACCUACAACUAAAGACAAUGCACUUUACAGAUAUCUCCCACACAUAUCUCACUAGGGCAGGGCACCCAGCAUCAGCCCUGGGGAAAGACUCCCAGAGGACCAUCGUGAGCCCAAGAUGUCCUCCCUGAGGCAGAGAUUGAAGCCAUCAGAGCUGGGGCUGUGAGCCAGAAUGCCCAAGCCCCUCUUGUUCAUCAAAAUCUCCACUGCCUCGCCAGCCCUUUGCAGCCCUGUUUAUUUCUUAUAAAUAUAUUUUUUACAAGGCCCAGCUCCUCUUCUUGCCCUACAUUCAGCUCCUUUCACAGUCCCUGCCUUUCUCUCCCCAGUCCAGAAUGGGCUGCAAUGCAGACAGACAGAUGGACUCUCUAUGUCAAAGGGUCCCUGGGGCUUGGGGUUGUGGGACGGUGUUGGUGGGAAGGACUCUAUGGAGAGGAGCUGGGGUUCAGGCAUUGUCUUUUUUCCCUCCUUGUAUAUAAGAAUGUAUAUUUGAUGCCUCAUAAAAGACCUUGUGCUCACCUCUGGCCUCUGCCUCCUACUUAUGUCCUCUUCGCCCACUGUGAAGCCCAUGGAGAGAGGAGCACAAAGCA